AUGACUGACGUGCAAACUUUCAGACAAUUGGAGGCAAAAUCAUUGUAUCAGGCUUGGGAGAGGUAUAAGGCACUGAUUAGAAGAUGUCCUUCGAAUAUGUUCGGUGAAUGGGUGAAGCUCCAUAACUUCUAUGAAGGCCUCUCUAUGAAAUCAAGAAAGGCAUUAGAUUAUUCUUCAGGAGGGCCACUUCAAAUGAUGAAAACUCUAGAGGAGGCACAUGAUCUAAUAGACAUGGUGGCUAACAACCAGUACUUUUACUCCUCGGAGAGACAAGCAACUCCAAAGAGAGAUGGAAAUGAUGGCAAAAAGGAUAGUGUACUACAAUUGGCUGUAAUUAGCACAACAAGACAAGUUCCAAAUGCAUGGAGCCAAAAUGAAGAAAGCUUUGAGGCAUACAAUAAUGAGCAGCAGCCUGAGCAAGUCAAGUAUAUGCACAACACAAGCUCUUCCCACAAUGACUUUCAUGGGGACACAUACAUCUCCUCAUGGAGGAACCAUCCCAACUUGAGUUGGGGAGACAACCAGAACCAAUGGCAGAGGAACUCUAAUCCCAAUAACUUUCGCAACACAAGCAACCAAAACCAUCACCCCACUAACAACAAUCCAUACAGAAAACCACAAAAUAAUGUCUCCACAUCCACAUUCUACCCACAAAAUAACCCUGCAAACAACCCAACCAACUUCCAUCAACAACCAACUCAUCCACAACCCUAG